CCCCCCGUAAGGCAAGGUAAAGCAAAACAAUGUAAUCUCACGCAGCCCUCCGGAAAGGUCUGUCUCUAGCUUUGUAGCCUUGUGUAGGAGAAGAUCUGUCUCCAUCUCUCUCAUCCUUGGGUCUGGCGCUGGAGAACCAGACCCAAGGAAGCCACGGAUCCAUUCUGUGGCAUCCUGGAAGGGAAGGGGGGCUGUCCUUUCACAAGGUCUUGAGCCUUCUCUGCCCAAGAGUGCUGGUGCUUCCCUAAACUACAGCUCCCAGGAUCCCAUGACAGAACUGGAUUGUUUUGCUUUGCCAGCAAAGUGCAGCUGCAAUGAGUCAACUUAAAGAAGAUGAACCAACAAAUAAUGGGGAGAAGAGUGAAUUGUUUCCUUUAAACUGCAAGGUAUCAGAACUAUUACUGGCCCAUAGAUGCCUUAAAUGGGGACAAGAGAAGGACCUUUCUAGGGUGGAUGUUUUGGAGUCCCAUGCAUCCCUUUUCCAUUCUAUUCGGUCAAUUUUAAAAGCUUGGAAGAAGACUGCAGAAAAUGAUAAGGCCAAACGCUUGGAGGUCAAGAAAUCCAGUGGCAUUUCCUUAGCCAGCCUUCAGGUGCAAGAUUUUGUAAAGGAACAUUUUGAUUUUCUGAAAGACAGAAAAGAAGACAAAGACACCCGCAGGAAAUCGCGUUCUAAAUCCAUCAGCAGACCUGGACAUUCCAGACAUCCUCUUAUGUCAAAAAGAAAGGGACGGAAAGCUGAUCGUGAAGAGUUGCCACCAACACGCUUGCUUCCUUACUUUAGUUUAAUUAGGAAUUGUUUUCCGUUGCCACUAUCUAUCAUCCAAAGCCUAUGUCUCUCAAGAGAGAUACAAUGCAGGAUCGAACGUUUUACUCAGAAGCGCAGAAAGAAGGAAGAAGUAACUCAGCUUGGAUCAGAAGAACUUCCGAUGCUUAAACUACAGACAAUAGAAGAUCCAAAGUACAUAACCUUUUCCAGCCUGAGGGAGCUGCAGUGGAAGUUAUUUAAAGGUCUGGUGAAAAGGAAACCUGGAACUAUUGGAAUUUGGAGGGUACCUUUAUACAGUUCGGGGAUUGGAUACACAAUGACUCCUCACAAACAAGAAUACGUCCUUCCUCUGAUACCUAAAGACUGGAUAAUUGAUGACUCCCUCAAGUUUUCAGAGGAAAUGACACACCGACUUCUCCAGUAUAAUCCUCCGUCUUGAAUGGAAAGGCAGUUAAAUAGAGUUCUGGAAAAAAAUCCAACUAAAAUGCAUUGAACAGUUCACAGUGCUAGUAUAAUUAGUAUAAUUCUAAUAGUACACAGUGGCUGGGUUGCUUUUGUCAUCUGUCCAGAGCAUAUGAGUGUCAUUCCUGGUGGUCUAAAAAGUACACAGUGUGAAAGUAUGUCUCCAUCAAACGUCUAAAAAUAAAAUUUCUCAGAUAAUGUCUA